AAUAAUUUAAAUUUAAGUAAAUCAUAUAUAUAUAUAUAUAUGUAUAUAUAUAUAUAAAGAGGGAGAGAAUAUUGAAAUGAGUUCUCAACAAAGCCCAGCAGCAUUGCAAUCAAGCGUCGAUCGUGAAAAAGUUUACACGUGGAUCAUUGAACUGUCAAAUCCAGAAACACGAGAAAAUGCACUAUUGGAAUUAAGUAAAAAACGUGAAGUUGUACCAGACUUAGCUCCAAUGUUAUGGCAUUCUUUUGGCACAACUGCAUCACUUUUACAAGAAAUUAUUAAUAUUUAUCCAGCAAUCAAUCCAGCAACAUUAACUGCAUAUCAAAGUAAUCGUGUAUGUAAUGCACUUGCACUGUUACAAUGUGUUGCAAGUCAUCCGGAUACAAGAUCUGCAUUUCUUCAAGCACACGUUCCAUUGUUUCUGUAUCCAUUCUUGCAUACAGUAAGCAAAACAAGACCAUUUGAGUAUCUCAGAUUAACAAGCUUGGGUGUGAUAGGUGCAUUGGUUAAAACUGAUGAACAAGAAGUCAUAACAUUUUUAUUGACCACUGAAAUAAUACCACUUUGUUUGAGAAUCAUGGAAAGUGGUUCAGAGUUGAGCAAAACUGUUGCCACAUUUAUCCUACAAAAGAUUUUAUUGGACGACAGCGGUCUUUCUUACAUAUGUCAAACCUAUGAUAGAUUUAGUCAUGUUGCUAUGAUAUUAGGAAAAAUGGUUUUGUCAUUGGCUAAAGAUCCUUCAGCAAGAUUAUUGAAACACGUUGUCAGAUGUUAUUUAAGACUCUCCGAUAAUCCUAGAGCUUUAUUAGCAUUAAGACAAUGUUUACCAGAUCAACUAAGAGACAAUACCUUUGCAACUUGUUUACAAGAAGAUGCGUCAACCAAACACUGGUUAAAUCAACUUCUCAAGAAUUUAGAAACUGGUCCUCAACCAGUUCCACCAACUCAACCUGGUCAACAGGAUCCUAGGACUAUUGGCAUGUCACCGCUUACUUCUUAGAUCUUACCUAUAUUUUAUUAUUGAUAUGAUAAUUCAUAUUUUUCUAAGAAAAAAAAA